AAAUAGCAUCGGUUAAUGAUUUCAAAAAUUAAAAGAAUCAUUGAUCUACUUUUAGUAUCGAUUUUGGCGAAAAACACGUUCAAAUAAUCCCGGGUCUCUUUGCCCUGGCACCGAUGCUAACAGAAACUUUGAAUUGAAAUGGAUGACUGUAGGAGCAUCGAAUAAUCCUUGUUCUGAUAUAUAUGCUGGAUCUAAACCAUUCUCUGAAGUUGAAACACAGGCACUGAGAAAUUAUGUUUUGGCCCACAAUAAUACUAUUAAAGUUUACUUAACAUUGCAUUCAUACGGGCAGUACUUUUUACAUCCAUGGGGAUAUACGUCAUCCUUACCUCAAAAUGAACCUGAGCUUAGAAGCGUAGGUGAAAAGGCUGCUGCUGCACUCGCCGCAUCUUUCGGUACUCGUUAUGUCGUCGGAAGUUCAACAAAUGUUUUAUAUGCUGCAGCAGGAGGCAGUGACGACUGGUUAAUGGGAGUAGCAGGCGCUAAAUUAUCUUACACAAUAGAAUUACCAGGUGGCAGAUUCGAUCCACCUCCUUCUCUUAUUGGAUCUGUUGGAGUUGAAACCUUUGAAGCUUUUAAAGUGUUCCAGGCUUAUGUAGAAAAAAAUUUUUCAAAUUAAUUAUCAAAUGAAUUAACAUAUUUUAGAUUAGUUGAUUAU